UCGCGGCGGAAAAGUUGCCGGGCGGAGAGGAGCGGCCCCGGGACGGGCAGCUAGGGCGACGCCAAGCCGGCUCCCGGCGCCCGCGGUCCCGCCAUGGACGACCUCGACGCCCUGCUGGCAGACUUGGAGUCCACCACCUCCCACAUCUCCAAACGGCCAGUGUUCUUGUCCGAGGAGACCCCCUACUCAUACCCAACUGGAAACCACACAUACCAGGAGAUUGCCGUGCCGCCCCCUGUCCCUCCACCCCCAUCCAGUGAGGCUCUCAAUGGCACCAUCCUUGACCCCUUAGACCAGUGGCAGCCCAGUGCCUCCCGAUUCACCCACCAGCAGCCUCAGUCCCCGUCACCUGUGUACGGCUCCAGUGCCAAAACCCCCAGUGCCUGCAUCCCCCCGGACGGCGGCGGCCCUCCGUGUCCCCGAGCCGGUGAGGAGGAGCACGUGUACAGUUUCCCCAAUAAGCAGAAGUCGGCCGAGCCUUCACCCACAGUGAUGAGCUCCUCCCUAGGCAGCAACCUUUCUGAACUUGACCGCCUGCUGCUGGAACUGAAUGCUGUGCAGCAUAACUCCCCAGGCUUCCCUGCAGACGAGGCCAACUCCAGCCCCCCAGUGCCUGGGGCUCUGAGCCCCCAUUAUGGCAUCCCAGACAGCAACAGCCCACUGGGGGGCAAAGCCGGGCCCCUGAUCAAAGAGAAGCCCAAGCGGAAUGGGGGCCGGGGCCUGGAGGACGUGCGGCCCAGUGUGGAGAGCCUCCUGGAUGAACUGGAGAGCUCCGUGCCCAGCCCAGUCCCUGCCAUCACUGUGAACCAGGGCGAGAUGAGCAGCCCUCAGCGAGUCACCUCCAGCCAGCAGCAGACACGCAUGUCAGCCUCCUCUGCCACCAGGGAGCUGGAUGAGCUGAUGGCCUCGCUGUCGGACUUCAAGACCAGCUCCCCUGCUGUGGCUUUGAGCUCCCCAGAGAUGCUGCCCAAACCAGCUCCAGCCCCACCCCACAUGCCUUCUCCCUCUCCUCCUCCUCCUGGGCCAUCUGUGUUCCUGCCGUCCACCACCAAACCCUCCUCUGGAGGCCACGGUCCCAGCCAGGGGGUCCUCUGCUCUGAGGACGCUGAUGAUGGACGGGUCCUUCUACCUUCUGUGGCUCCCAGCUGGGUUGACUUGGCUGGCCUCCGGGUGAUGCCUGAUACUCCCAACUCAGGGUCUUCCUCUGCAGAGGGGUGUUUGGGGCCAUUUGGUGCAGAGAUCCAGACUCAGGUUGGGAGAGAUCUACCAAAUCUUACAAGUGAGCUUUCCGGGGCUCCACCCUGCCACAUGCUGCCAAGCCAAGCUGGGCACACAGGUCCCCAGGAGGCUAGAGGCCCCCAUGGGCUGUUGGCCAACCCUUUGUACCCAGAAGAAGCCGUGGUUGCCACUCAGGAGCCACCACGGGCUUUGGAGGCACUCAGGCCUGAGAUGCCCCACAGAGCCACACACAGCUUCCAGGAAGUAGCUGAGCCAGCUGUCGUGGCCGUGGACCGUCAGGCCAUCUUCCCAGAUACCUGGAGUUUCACCAAGGAAUGUGGACCGCAGGAGCAGAGGGCAGAACCAGAGCCAGGGGAGCGGGAGAGCAGCCGCCCAGCCCCAGCUGACCAGGAGCGUUUAGGUGGACAGACGCUCCUGAGAGGGAGCCUGGCCAGGCCGGCCCAGGGACCCGAGGCCCCCAGGUGGCCAGAGGGCAUCACCGAAGCUGCUGCCAGGAAGGAACCAUUGGAGCCUCCACCUGCUGUGGUUGUGGCCACGCCCAGCGCCACUGAGAGGAUUUCCACCUCAGGCCAGAUCCGCUCUGUGAUCAGGAGGAGCCGGGAGACGGGCCACGCACACCCCAUGUCCCGGGAGCCCUCCCCUCGCCGCCGGCUGGACCCCGCCACCCUGAGCAGGACCCCAUCCCAGGAGCGGCUCAUCGCAGAGCUGCAGGGUCGGCUGGGCAUCCAGCCGGAGGCCGAGGAGGCAGCGGGGGCAGCGGGGGCCUCUGCCGAGGACUGGCUGACCGAGGGCGUCGUCAUCACUGUGCAGCCUCGAGGGAGGCGGGCUGGGGGGCAGCUUGUAGAGAAGAUCCAGGGCCUGGAACAGAUUGCGGAUGGAGAAGCUUGGGCGGCCGGCCGGCCUCCGAACGGCAGGCAGAGCAGCCCCGAAGGGCAGGACGAGGGAGGGUUCAUGGCCCAGGGGAGGACGGGGAGCAGCUCUCCCCCUGGGGGACCCCCAAAGCCUGGGAGCCAGCUGGAUAGCAUGCUGGGGAGCCUGCAGUCUGACCUGAACAAACUGGGGGUUGCCACGGUUGCCAAAGGGGUCUGCGGGGCCUGCAAGAAGCCCAUUGCUGGGCAGGUUGUGACCGCCAUGGGAAAGACGUGGCACCCGGAGCACUUUGUCUGCACCCACUGCCAAGAGGAGAUUGGAUCCCGGAACUUCUUUGAGCGGGAUGGGCAGCCCUACUGUGAAAAGGACUAUCACAACCUCUUCUCUCCGCGCUGCUACUACUGCAAUGGUCCCAUCCUGGAUAAAGUGGUGACAGCCCUUGACCGGACGUGGCACCCCGAGCACUUCUUCUGCGCCCAGUGUGGAGCCUUCUUUGGUCCUGAAGGGUUCCAUGAGAAAGACGGCAAGGCCUACUGCCGGAAGGAUUACUUUGACAUGUUCGCGCCCAAGUGUGGCGGCUGUGCCCGGGCCAUCCUGGAGAACUACAUCUCGGCCCUCAACACUCUCUGGCAUCCUGAGUGCUUUGUGUGCCGGGAGUGCUUCACACCCUUCGUCAACGGCAGCUUCUUCGAGCACGACGGGCAGCCCUACUGUGAGGUGCACUACCACGAGCGGCGGGGCUCGCUCUGCUCCGGCUGCCAGAAGCCCAUUACGGGCCGCUGCAUCACCGCCAUGGCCAAGAAGUUCCACCCGGAGCACUUCGUCUGUGCCUUCUGCCUCAAGCAGCUCAACAAGGGCACAUUCAAGGAGCAGAACGACAAGCCUUACUGUCAGAACUGCUUUCUCAAGCUCUUCUGCUAGGCCCCCGCCCUGGCCCCGCCCCCUCCCCAACUGCUACUGUGACCCAGAGGCCUUGCCCAGGGGUGCAGGGGCAAGCCUGACUGAAACUGGAACCCAUGUCCUUGGCUGGCGCAGGAUGGCAAGACGGCCGCUCUUCCUUCCCCUGCCAGAGCCCCUGGGCUCUCCUCGUCCUGCAGCCCCCGCCCAGGCUGCCGGCCCUUCCUCCUCCCUGGACGUGUGUCCCCACCGACCCGCCUGGCCAUGCCAGCACCCCACGCUGGAGCCAUCUCUCACUCCUGUUUGGGCAGCGGAGCCAGGGGGACGGGCAGGCAGGGUCAGAUGGGCUUUUUUUAAUCCCUCUUCCCCUGUGCUGACCUAAUUAUCCUUGUCCGAGAGUCCUGGGGGGCACCCAGCUCCCUUCAGACAACGCCAGCAUAAACCCACCUGUCCAAGGGUGGACGUGGCCAAGGGGCCGCCCAGAAGGUUUCUUGUGCUCCUCCUGCCCUUCCAGUCUCCCCAGGCCUGGGCAGCCACCCCCUGCCCCCUCGACCCCCCCAUAACCACCCUGGUUCUACUGAGAAAGGCCUCUCCAGCAAUAAUGUUUUAUAGUUACUUCCUCCGUCUCUGGGAUGGCGUGAGGGGGCGAGUUUUACCCCGUGCCUGGACACUGUACCGACUUUGAUAGAUUUCUACACUGAGGUUUGAAUUCGUAUCGGCUUGAGUUGCUUUUACUUCUCUUUACAAAUGAUUUUGAAGAGAUUUUAACAAUGUCCCCUUUUAUACUUUCCUCCUCCACGGCCGUUGGUCCUGUUGGUUACGAUGGCCGUGGCGUGGCAUUGCCUUGUACUGAGGGCUUGGGGUGGGGAAGCAAUUUGUAUUUUAUUUUUUCUUAGCACAAGCAGGUGAAUUCAGAGCAGCUCUCUGACUCCCCUUCCUUAACUUCAUAGCUCACCAGGACUGUUUUGUAAACUGCUGUAUUUUAAAACUCCUUCCUUACUCCCUGGGCCAGCAAGCUCUUAACUGAAACUGGCCUUGGGAUGUCUUGGCCUUUGGGGCCUAGAAUUCUGAACCUCAUCCAUCCUGCUCCUGAGGGGGAGAAAGGGGAAAGUACACUUUGGGGGUGCUGAUUCCUGUCUAAGUAAGCCAUCAGGAGCACCUGCUCCCCUGUGAACUUUUUGGCAGCAAAGAGAACCUACAGAACAUUCUUGGCCUCCUCAUGCUUCUCUCUGGCUUUUUCUUCUGCCUUCUUGGGAAAGCAGGUGUCUCACUUUGACCAUUGGCCUUGUUGAUUCCACUGGGCCCCUCCUUUCCCCAAAUUUCCCCUGCCCUCCCUGGAGCCUGGAUGUCUGGGGAAAAGGGCCCAAAAGUUUUUGCAAGGGGGCCUGAUAGGACUCUGGGCAGAGGGACGGGAUCCUGCUAAAACAGUGGGAAGCCCCCAGAGCCCUGUUCCCCAAGGAUGAAACAGGAGAAGGCAGGCUUGGGGUUCCGGGUCCACAGAAGGGGCCCCUGCUGGGUCUAAUGUGAGGAAGAUCCAGACCGCUCCCACUAGCCUCAUAGCAGAGACUGUCGGGGUCUCACAAGAGGGUCCCCCUCCUCUGAGGCAGGGCUAGGAGCAGCCCCAGUCUGGGAGGUCAGCCAGGCCUCUCCAAAGGCCUGACGUCUCCACUCCCACCCAUAGGCCUUAUAGCUCUGUUUACAGUGACCGGCCCCAGGCCCCUCCCUUAGGGGUACUGAGGUUUCUGGGGUCCACCUUCACGGUCAAUGGUUAUUUGAGGAUUUUAUUUUAUUCUUUUCUCUGUAAACUUUUAACCUGGCUUUUCCCCAUUUCAAUUCCUGUGAUUUAUGCCAAUAAAGUUUGCCAUUAUUUUCACCCA